UGUGAGAAGAUCAUCAUCAAACCAACUCUAAUGGCGUCAAUGAGACUCGUGUUUCAUAUGCUCCGUCGCUCCGUCUCCAUCGCGAUAACUCUCUUAAAGAGUCUAAUUUGGUGUAUAUUCGACAAUGUCGAUUACCCGAUACUGAUCAAGCUCGCCGAUACAUUCUUAUCUUUAUAUUUCCUAGUCUUCUGCGACCUCCGACCAAUCACCGUCGAUCUAAACGAUGGAGAAACCACAUUACAUUUCUGGAUCUCCGGCCACCGGAAAAUCAACCGGCCUAACCUCGUCAUGCUACACGGUUACGGAGGGAACUCGAAAUGGCAGUUUAUUCAUCAGGUCUCAGAUCUAUCGAAAUCGUUUAAUCUGUUCAUCCCCGAUCUCGUUUUCUUCGGGAAAUCGUACUCGAGAAACACCGACCGGAGCGUCGAGUUUCAGGCGAGGAGUAUCGUCGGAGGUUUGAAGAGGCUGGGUUGUGGUGGUGGUGAUGGAGGAGAGUUUUCGGUUUACUCGAUCAGUUACGGAGGGUUCGUAGCGUACCGGAUCGCGAAAAUUUGGCCGGAGAUGAUCGAGAGGUUGGUGAUUGUGAGUAGUGGCGUUGGGUUUACGCAACAGCAAAAGAUGACGGAGAUGAAAAAACACGGCGGAGAUGUAUCGGAGAUUCUUGUUCCGAGGAGCCCGAGAGAUCUAAGGUUGUUAGUUAGGGUUUCCAUGAAUACAGGUCUCAGGUUUCUUGACUGGGUUCCAGAUUUCAUCCUCUCCCAAUUCAUCGCUGUGAUGUAUGAGACAAAUCGACAAGAACUUGUUGAUCUAGCUAAGAAUUUGCUGGAGAGAGAAGAAGAGAAAGAGUUCUUUGCAAUACCACAGAAAACGUUGAUCGUUUGGGGUGAUAAGGAUCAGGUGUUUCCUUUGGAGCAUGGACGUCGUCUGCAUAGGAAUUUGCCAAACUCAAGUUUAGAGGUGUUGAAGGAAAUUGGACACGGUGUGAACAUAGAAGCACCAACUACUCUUAACAAUUUGAUUCUCUCGUUUGUUUUAGCUGUCCCCUAA